AUGGCACCUCUCCGAGCUCGCAACAACAGACCCGCCCCGUCCUCAACGCCCCUCGAGAGGACGAAGACCUUGGAUCUGAGCACCCUUCCCCCGCCGCCCGAGUAUACGUAUGUUGGGCGUGUCGCCGUCCAACUGAAGCGGCCGAAAUACAGCAUAUUCAGCGAGUACGUGCGCUCUCCUUUGACCAGGAGCAUCAAACGCGCCCCCCUCGAUACUGCAAGCGUGAAGCGGCGGGCGCGUCUGGCAAGAUCGGACACAAUGAGGGUCACGUCGCACGGGGAUAUCUGCCUCUCGACGGAGGAGAAGGAGAACAACAUUAUCAAAGAGGAUGUAGAUCUUGGCGAGCCUGAGGCCGCGUUGGCGUACCCCGACAACGAUACCCUUGGAUACUGUGAGGACGUCCAGAUGGCCUCUGAAGAUGUCGCGUCUUCUCCGGCGACUUCGCCCCGCGCAGACCCGGGUGUCAUUAGAUUAAGAAAACCCGGUGACGAGCCCAUCGAACGCCCACGCCCAGCCAAAGCCGUCAUAAAACCUUGCGUUGAACGAUGGAUCUCCGGGACGUCGUUAAAUUCGCAGACCGCGAUGCCGUGGCUCACGCAGUCGCUGAAGGGGGCUUGGAUGGAUGAGGAGCUGCACUCGCGUAUCGAGCGUAACAGAAAGCGCUCUUAUAAGCGGCCCACGCCUCGGCUUCCGCCAAUGAAUCAAAUAGUCGUGUACGUGGCACGCGGUGACAAGCGCGAGCCAAAGAAGCCAAAGCCGCUCCCGACGCAUCCCGAAUAUGUCAUGCCGUCAACGUUGUUGUCGUCUGCGCCUACAACCGCCGAUUCGACGACGACGGAAGCGUCUCCGAUCCAAGGCACCCCUGCCGACUGCCUUCGGCUGUCGCACGAAACGCUCGUGAAGACUGUUCCAGAGCAUAAACGGAAGAGGAUUAGAAUGGCGCGAACGGAGCUGCACAAGCGACCCCUCUUCGACGCGCGUGCGAAGUACCGCAUGCUGCAAGCCGCCGCGGACAAACUGGGAUGGGCGGCGGUCGGCUGUGGUGCUCACGCAAGGAUCCACGCCUGCGGACAUCGGCAAUGCAUGCCUGGGAAAGAAUUCAAAGGCUCACGGUCCUCCCGGGGCAGCACACCCAAGUUCCUCGGGGACCCAUCCAUGUCCUUCGUAGGCGCAUCCCGGCGCCACCAGCACCAGCCCCGGUUGAAACCUGUCUGCGCCAACGGGGGACAGCCCGUGUUCUCCGGCGCUGCAGCUCCGCCUUCAACGAAACCUGUUUCAGGAAGCGGAGGCAACGGGUCCGCGAAGAAGUCGGUCGGCGGGGAUGGCGAGCUUGAUCUCGCGCUGGACGUUCCCGCAUCUGGGGGCGGUACGCUCGACAGCGCUGAUGGGUGGUAG